AUGGUUUUGGCUGCUUCGGCCAUUGCAUACGGUGGUUUGCUAGCUAGAUGCAAGUACAAUGAUGCUCCGAUCCCUAGUUAUCGUCUUGAAGCAAAAGGGCAGAUGCCCAUCUACGUAUCUACAAUGACUUUACACUUUUGGAUAGCCUGUUUGAUCAAGGACGGGAGUACCAUGAAGGAAACGUCAUUGCUGGCUAAUUUGCUUCUAGGGGCAGUGCAUUCAAUCGUUCAACUCUACUUUCCAGCAGAGGAUUUUGACCAACACAAUCUCCUCUUCAAUAUGUCUUUAGGAUUCGUGUCUGCUUUGGUGGGUGCGCAAGCAAGGGAGUCAUGGACCAACUUGUUUCUAAGCCUCUGUUUAUUCCCGGUCGCCGUUAGUGGCAUCUACUCCUUCGCCGUGGCUUUAGGUUGGUGGAAACCACCACCAGACUUGGACGACCACCCCCGUUGUCCAAUUUAA